UCUCUUUUCUCGAACACUCGAUCAAAUCAAACCAUGCAAAUAAUGGCUCUUAGCCUUAGUUUCAAUAAGUUUAUAUUUGCAUACAACUUUCUAUUAUUGGUGGUGUGGGCUAUAUGUCAAACCACCACCGGCCGCCAUAUCGCCGCAGAUCAAGAAACAUCAUCCGUAGCCGAGCAUUUCGAGCAAUGGAUGGCUCGCUACGGGCGUUCCUACGUAGAUGAUGAGUCUGAGAAGCUGAAACGGUUCAACAUCUUCAAAGAAAACAUGGAUUACAUCGAGUCUUUCAAUAGACCUGAGAAUAAUCAGACGUACCAGCUUGGUAUCAAUGAAUUUUCUGAUCUCACUGAUGAGGAGUUCGUGGAGAACUACAUGGACACCUUGAAGGCGGCACCGCCAAUCCCACGGCGCCCUAAUAAUACACUUCCAAUGCCAGAUUCCUUGUGGAAUGAGAGUCUGGUCAGAAUUCCAGAAUCAAUAGACUGGAGAGAUUCUGGUGCCAUAACCCCGGUCAGGACUCAAGGGCCAAAAUGUGAUUGCUGUUGGGCUUUUUCAACUGUAGCUGCUAUGGAAGCCUUGAACCAAAUGGUUACAGAAACAUUAACUCCAUUAUCUGAACAACAUCUCAUAGACUGUGACGUGGUAUCCAAGGGAUGCGGUGGAGGAUCCCUGAGUUACGCCUACCUCUUUAUAUAUUCGAACGACGGUAUUGCAAAGGCGUCCGACUACCCGUAUAUGGGUUCUCAGGGAAAAUGCCGGGAGGAUGUAGUCAAAAUAGCUAACAUUUCAGGCUACCGUUCCGUUGAGCAGAGUGAUAGGGCUCUUCUGAUGGCCGUCUCCCGGCAGCCCGUCUCCGUCGGGAUCCGACUCGGUGGCAAAUUUUUGAGGCAGCUCAGGCACUAUACGGCCGGAAUUUUCUCGGGGGACGUUAACGGCGACUGUGGCCCCCCUGAUUUCAGCCACGCCAUGACCAUUGUCGGUUACGAAACCUUCACUAUCGGUCAUGAUUAUCCCAUUUCUUAUGCAUAUUGGAUUGUGAAGAAUUCUUGGGGAACUAGUUGGGGUGAUGGUGCAAACACGCCCAACGGGAAAGGCAUUUGUGGCAUAAACCAGUCUGCUUAUAUCCCCAUUAAUAGGAAGUAUGGUUAAUUAUUGCUGAGUAUAAGAGUAUUACGUACGUAUUAUGCCAGAAUAACAACCAGGACGUACUACUUGUACGUCAUAAACUGCAGUUCGUCCUAAAUGAUGUCACAGCAUGGGACUAGAUCGUCGUCUGUUUUCCUUUCUACAUCUCCGUGUAAUCCUUUUCUUUUCAAUAAAAGCUCUUCUUUUCAAUA